AAGCUCCUCCCCCUCCGGCUCAAACAGCACGUGGGCCGUCCCGCUGCUGACGAACGGUCAGAACCGGUGGCGCAUGCGCGUUGGGCUGAUGGGAAUUUCCAACAGCUGAGGAGGAGGAGGCGUAGCUAGCCGAGGCUAGCACUCGUAAUAAAGCUCAGAAGAAUCUCACGGUCCUGACGGCUCCACGAUGAGUGACCUUGAGCUCGGCACCCGCUGAAAAUAAAAAAGCCCUGAGGCGUGGCGUUGGCAUCGCGGGAGCGCAAAGAAAAGAAAAACUCGACGCCACCGGAGGCCGAGUUUGACCCCGGAAGAGAGUCGGGGUCUUGGAGCCGGUCCAGAGAUGCCCGUACGGAGGCGUCCCUCCAGGCCGCAGCCCAGCGACGCCAACUGACACGACCAACUGACACGACCACGACCAACUGACACGACCAACUGACACGACCACGACCAACUGACACGACCACGACCAACUGACACGACCACGACCAACUGACACGACCAACUGACACGACCACGACCAACUGACACGACCACGACCAACUGACACGACCAACUGACACGACCACGGCCGCUCGUUGGUAAAGGAUGAGCCGCUGAUUGGAUGCAAAACCUCGACCCUCUUCCACGCCGUCGUUGAAGCGCGCCGGCCAAAAGCGUUCCGCGGUGAAUCAUGCUGACCGACGCGCGGCGCUCGACCGCGGCGCCGCGGUGCGGAGGACGCUGAGCGGCCGAGGCGCCCUCAGAGAAGCGGAGGCGGCAGCCGGUCGAUAAUGGACGCCAAGUUAAAGGAGGACCUGUUCCGAAGGUACGUGACGCUGCUGGAGAGGCGCCUGGAGGGCGGCGGCGGGGACCCCACGCCGGGGGGCGACCGCUGGCGGCCCCGCGAUAGCGAGGCGCUGCUCUCCACGGCCACGGCGCUGCUGGGCGCCUACCAGCCCGACCCGGGCCAGCGGUUCCGGAUGGUGCGCUACUACGAGGUGGUGGAGAACUCUCUGCGCUACCAGAGGGGCGGCAACAUCAAGAGCCUGGAGAGGGCCUUCCACACGCUGGAGACGCUCUGCACCAACCUGCUGCUCUUCCCCUGGAAGAAGGAGUUCAGGUGCAUCAAGACCUUCACCGGGCCGUACGUGUACCACCUGCAGGCGGCCAUCUCUGACGGCGAGCUGCGCACGCUGCUGCGCGCCAUCGGCUACGCCUCCGACCACGACGCCCAGUUCCGCCUGCGCGAGCAGCCGGGCGGCGCCGCCCACCUGCGGCAGCUGGCCUUCGAGCUCUUCCUGUCGCAGGCCGAGUGCCGCCUGCUGGGCGAGGUGGUGGCGUUGGCCCGCGGCGCCGCCUCGGAGCUGGAGGCCCUGGAGCUGCGGCGCGGCUGCCGGGACGACGCGGCCGGCUGCGCCGAGGCGCUGCGGCGCCGCGACAGCCUGGCGCCCGACAUGGCGCGGCUGUCGGUGCGGCCGGGCGCGGAGCGGCCGCACGGGCGCCAGCUGCGGCGCGGCGGCGGCCGGCCCUCCAAGUCCGUGGACGUCACGGACGGCGCCGGCCACUGGCACGCCGCGGCGAGCAAGCCGGUGCUGAAGGCGUCGCUGAGCCUCCGCAAGGAGACGCUGUUCGUGGACGCCGAGGAGGACGGCGAGGACGAGAUCCUGCGGCCCUGCUCCUCCCUCUUCUCCGCGGCGCCGCCCUCCUACGGCGCCGCCGCCGACUUCGUCCCGAUCCAGUCGCCUCCCCCGGCGGACGCGUCCUACCACCUGACCUCGCUGGAUGAGGUGGACCUGUACACGGAGCGCGGCCGAGAGCCGCGCGACGCCAGGGAGGCGUGGCUCCUGAAGGCGCACGGCGGCGCCGCCAAGUGCCAGGGCUGCGGCGCGGCGUGCGGCGCGGCGUGCUGCCAGCGGUGCGACGUGACGCUCUGCCCCGCCUGCCGCGACGCGGACCCCGCCCCCUGCUGCGGCCCGCAGGAACACCACCACGCCAAGGCGCCGAGGCCCCUCCCCCUCGACGGAUACAUCCCCGUCAAGGAGAAGCUGUCCGUCUACUCCAGCGCCCACGCCGCCCUGCACACGCUCAGCCACGCCCACAUGGCGGAGAAGCCGCUCGUGUCCGCCAAGCUGUUCGCCAGCAAGGCCGGCGCUCUGACGGCGGCGAAGGGCUGCGACCGGCUGAGCGGCGGCGGCGGCGGGUCGCGGUGCGGCUUCUGCAACAAGCCGGGGGCGUCCUCCACCUGCCUGAGCUGCUCCAAGGUGUCGUGUGACUCGUGCGUCGGCCUCUACUCACAGGACGUGUGCUCCAGGAAGAGUCCUCAGCACAGCUUCGUGCCCAACCACCAGCUGCACUUCAAGGCCGGCGCCGCGUCCCACCUGGUGUACCGCUGACCCCCCCCCCCCCCCUCUUAGCUACGCUAUUGCUUCAGCCCCCCCCCCCCCCUGUACAUUUCCUCUGGGUGGCGCCAUGUCACUCGCCCAUCUCUCUCUCUCCGCCUUGUACAAGUUCAGGCCUUUAAAAAAAACCUCUCUCCUUCUUCCUUUUGCUCUGAGUCGUCAUGUGAUGUUGUAGCCCCGCCCCCCCCCCCCCCCUCAGAAGGGAAACUGGAGAAAAGGGAGUUUUAUUUCCUUCUCAUUCUGAAUGAAUUCCGUCCAAAUGAACAAAUAUAAAUAUAUCUAUAUAUAUACUUUGCCUAACUUCUCAGCUGUGUGUGUGUGUGUGGGUGGUGAAGUAUUUUUUAAACUUGAAAAACAAAUAGGAAAAAGAACACAAGUGAAAACACUGGAAGUCAAUAGUUUAUAUUUUUUAAUCUAUUCUCUAGAACAAUGUGAGACUGUUGGGCAUGAGGUGUGGUGGGGGGGGGGGGGGGGGGGUAAACUUGAGCCAAUGGUCAGAUGCCAUAUAUUCUAUUUAAAAAUUAAAACUAAAUGCUCAUGCCUCAUCCGUGAACCCUCAGAGUGACUGAAGGAACGCUGCUGUGGACGUCUGGUUGGUCCUCCUCCUCCUCCCUUCAUUUAUUGUUUCCGUGUUGCAAGUGAACGCACCGUAACUGUUGGCUGGUGAUUUGUUUGAUUUAAUGUUCACUGAAUCCUCGUUGUUUAAACAUGUUCUCCUGUUUCAUGGAUCAUCAGUUGGUCACGGACAUGAGGAUUAAAGUCCUGGAGCCCAGAGACGGUGGAACGCGCUCUAAAGGUCGCCGGAGGUCACGCGUCCUCUCACUCCGAACACGUUGACCUCUAAACCGCCAGAGGACGAACCAACUCAACGUAAACGCCGCCAUGUUCUUAGCGUUCAGCCGGCGUGUAACAACCACGACUAAAGACGGCGCCGCAGGAAAUAACAUUCAAUAUUUUAGUCUUUGAAGAAGAUGGAAUUCGUCACAGUUUUUGCACUAUUUUAUUAUUAUUAAUGGUGUUAUUAUCACAGGGUUCUUGUGGGCUUGUUUCAAAAAUGCGCAUGACAUUUAUAACAUUUAUUUUAAAGAAGAGUAAAGACGUGUUAUUUUGGCACCUGAACGCUGCUACAUGAAAUGAAAACAGACACACACACAGACAGACAGAGACACACACAGACAGACACACACAUACAGACACACACAGAGACACACACACUGACAGAGACACACAGACACAUAUAGACACACACAGACACACACACAGACAGACACACACACACAUAUAGACACAGACAGACACACACACAGAGACAGACACGCACACAAACACAUACAGACACACACACGCAGACACACACACAGACAGAGACAGACACAUAUAGACACACAGAGACAGACACACAGAGACACACACUGACAGACAGACACACACACAUACAGACACACACAGAGACACACACACACAUACAGACACACACAGAGACACACACACUGACAGACAGACACACACAGACAGACACACAGACAGAGACAGACACAUAUAGACAGACACACACAGAGACACACACAGACAGACACACAUACAGACACUGACAGAGACACACAGACACACACAGACAGACACACACACACACACACAGAGACAGACACACGCACACACAAACACAUACAGACAGAGACAGACACAUAUAGACAGACACACACUGACAGACAGACACACACACAUACAGACACACACAGAGACACACACACUGACAGACAGACACAGACAGACACACACAUACAGACACACACACACACACAUGGAUGUCUGUGAUGAUUCUUUUCGUGUUUCUGUUAAUUACUUUUUAAUUAUUUGGUUUAAACUGAGUGUCUCACAGAGGAGACCCUGUGACCUUUGACCUUUGGGAUAAGUGACGGGUCGUUUUGAGACGUCGCGCUGAUCUUGGGGCAUCGCUUAUUUUUUGUUUUGUGUUCAUCUCAUCCGACGAAGCCUUUGUUUUUUACAUCCUUUUAAUAUUUUAAGAUUAAAUAAAUCCUCCAGCAGCAGAACAAAGAAGCCGAGUGAAGAACAAGCGGAGCGUCCCUGUGGCGCACGGCUGUGGGUUGUUGUUGUUGUUGUUCCUCUUUCUGCCGCCACCCUCCAUGUACCCCCCCCCCCCCCCUCCCUCCACCUUGGCACCGAGGAUCAUUGCACAAUAUGAAGGCGUAUGCACCUUCAAGAUCAAAAUGUGGGCAUAUAUGGGGGGGGGGGGGGGGGGUAAAUAGCCAAAACUUAAUUGGUGGGAAAAAAUCUAUAUAAAUGAGAUUUUAUAAAAUAAUUUAAAGAAUAAAAUUCUGUGAAGAAA